AUGGGGACUCCUCAGAGGAUCAAUAUACAGGCCUACGCUAACUCCACGGGAGUCUUCGAAACACGACCGCUAGGGAAAGAAAGUUUAAUCAAAGCGACAAACCUCUUGAACAUGAACCAUGACAACUAUCACAUUUACAUCCACAAUUUAGGACUACACAAUCACAUUCUCCAUCAUCUCUUAGCUAUCCUCGCAUUGGGGGGUACUGCGGAACAACUCUCCCAGGCAUAUGAUCUUGCCGUUGACUCCCAAAGAUCCACGCGCCCGCCUGAUGCUCGCAUCGUAUCUGAUCUCGCCGACCCGGAAAAAUUCAAGUUGUUCCUGGGCAAAGGGAAAUAUUACGAUGACUACUUCGCCUUUUUCCAGAAUGAGAUCUCCGAGAUGGGAAUUUCGAGCACAGUCACUGAGUUCCUCUUCAAAGGUGACGCGAGGGCCGAAGACAUGUUGCAACGGUUCUUCAGCGGAUUUUUACACUCCCCCAUCCAUCUUGGGUACGCGAUGGAAUUUGAACAGCCACUUGUUGUGGCCGAGGCUCUCGCUUUGACAGCCAUUCAUGACUGUUCGUUUGGUCAAAUUCUAGCUCAGAUCGAGGAGGUCGCCCAGCAUUCCCUUACCAGCGAGAGCUUGAUCAACUUACAGAGGGCUAUCCAUGACAAUGAGAAACUUCGCAAGGCCAUGGACUACACGUACGGUAUAUCUCAAAUCCGAGAUGGCUUACUGGUGAACGCCAAAGAAGAAUUUAUGAGACUGAUGAGCGCAUGGAAAGUUCAACCCCAUGAACUCGAGGAGAAAACUGCCGAGUCGCUAAACUCUACCUUAUACUGGACAACCCUUGCUCAGAGGCCUGAUAAGCAGCUUCGAUUUGACUUUUUCCUCAUGCAUUCCAUCACAGCCGGGUCUCUUUGGCCGGUGUUCAACAGCGUGUCCUGGAUUGCCCCGGAAAUGAAAUGUCGAUUGUUAGAAUGGAAAGGUCGUGCAGACCUAAUGUUAUACUGCCAAUCAGGAGCACCUACUUUACAGCCCGAUGAGUUGACCACCUACCAACCACGAUUUCCCUCGGAGUGGUCGGAGGUCUUCCGACGGGCUUGCGAUUACAAAGACGAUGGGCAUUUGGUGAAAUUUAUUCGAGGAAUCGCCACGGCUGAACAGAUUACCAGAUCAUUCGCUGCAAAGCCGCAAUUUAUGCUCAAAACAGCUGACCAAUUUCUCAAUCUUUCUCAUAUGGUGAUUGAUUCUGCGGAACAAUUUAAUCUCGAGUCGGCCGACCAGGAGACCGAGAUGAUCUGUGCCAAAUAUGAAUAUCCUCGUAUGAUGUCGACUGAGAUCCAGCGGGUGACUGCCCGCUGGCCGCGCCAUGUAGGGUUCGAAGAGUCUUGGUUCCAUGUGCCCGCGCGCAAACUCAAGACUGUUGCUCAUAUUUGA